AUGACUACACCUUCAGGGAUACAGUAUUUAAAAAAUGGCAAUAAUUUUUUAAACUCUAUCUAUGUUUCAACAAAUAAUCCUUUAAUUCAUUCAGAUCAAACAAUAAUUGAUUGUUGUAUGGAACCAAAUGUUCCAUCAAAAACUGUUCAUAAUUUUCGUAAUUUUCAUGAACCUAAUAAUCCUAAAGAAUAUUUUAAUGUUUCUAAUAAUUAUCUAUUAAAUAAUAAUAGUAAUAAUUCAAUUGAACAUAUAAAUUCCUUAUCAUCAAUGGUUAAAAAUGUAAUAAUGAAUGUACCAAAAGAUAAUUUGUGCAUUUUAACAACCAAUUAUGAUAAUCAAUUAAAAAAUAAUAUUGAUAAAUGGGAAAUUGAUUAUAAUUAUAAUUUAAAGGAUAAUUAUAAUAAAAUUAAUUCAAUAUACAAUUAUACAACAACAAUAACAACUGAUCAUAUCGGUCAAUAUAGAAGAAAAUCAAGGAAACCUUAUUCAAGAAAUCAAAUUAUGAUAUUAGAAAAAGAAUAUGCAUUAAUGCCAUAUGUUACUCGUCAAAGAAGAUGGGAAAUUUCCAAUAAAUUACAAUUAAGCGAAAGACAAGUAAAAGUAUGGUUUCAAAAUCGUAGAAUGAAAACAAAAAAAUCGAAAACUCUAUCACAUUCCAACGAUGAAAGGACUUUACAACAAAAUGAUGACAACAGUAAAAUUAAUUUCAGUGAACUACAAUAUUCAACGUUAUUUGAUAAACAAAAAUUUAUCAAGACAACUAAUCAGUGGGAUGAUAAUAUUUCUACAAAUUCUGUUACAUCAUGUAUCCUUGAUUAUGAUUCUUUUGUUAAUAUUACUUAAAAACAUAAUUGAAUUUAACAACAACAAAUCACCUUCGAAAUGAUUAUUGUUCCCGUUGGUGAUUAUGAUAAACACACCAAAAACUAUAAUGUUGAUCGUUGAAUAAUGAUGAAAUCAGUGACUGUUAACAAACUAAAAAAAUUGGUCCAAUAAACCACUGAAUCUUUAAUUUAAAACUUACUCAACUUUAAAAUUUCAAUUUAAUUUAAUUUCUUACAUUCUUGUGAUUACACAAUAAAUAACAAAAUACUUUAGUCUCUUGAUACAAUACAACAAUGAAAACAUGAAUAGAUUAUAACAUUGUACACCAUUGUUCUUUAUUUGUAAUGAUAAUAGUAUUUUAGAAGAAAACACAACAAGAAUGAAAAUUUUCCAUGGAAGUUCAAAGUGAUGUCAUUAUUUCUGUUCAGCUAUUGAAGUUAAAAUUACUCGUCCAUUGUAAUGUAAAAGAAAACAUCUGAGAUCCAUAGCAAUUCAUUACUGACCAAAUAUUUCCGAUGAUGAAUUCUUUAAAUAUAUCAUAACAAUAAUAAUAUUGUUGUUAUUAUUAUUAUUACCAUUAACCAGUUGAUAGUAUUACUUGUGUACUAAACAGUUCCCAAUUUCUAUAUGAGAAACAAUGUUGCUUUAUACUUAUUUUUUGAAUAAAAAAUAUAAUACAAACACAUUGAAUAGUAAUGACAAUUAUCGUGAUGUAUAUUUUGAAUAAAUUAGUUAUUUGCAUUACUCUCACCAACUAUUACCAUUCUACUGAUCUAACAAUAAACUUGUAAGGAUAUUUACUAAAAAAUACUCGGUUG